UUCUAGUUAUAUUUUCUUUUGAUUUAAACACCAAGCUAAGCAAAAAUAAAAAAAUCAACUAAAUAGGAAUUGGCGUCACGCAUUGGUAAAUACCGUGCGCUAGGGACAACAGUAGCUCCCAGGCGUAAUAAGCGGCGACUCAUAACUGGAUCCCGCAGUUACGCUUGGAGGGCGAGGGGUAGAUCAGGGAGUUGGUUUACCUGGUAGGUACGGGAACUGGUCGACUGGCUAGCUGUUCGGACUGCGGUUCGUGAGACUAGUCAGGUGACGCUGUGAACGGAGAAGCCCAGGAUCGGCUAAAGCGGGUGCGGACCGGGCUGCUGGUCGAAGGCGGGGUGGUUUGAAGUAUGCCACGCUUGCGUGAGUGCACGUCAAAGUAUACCCGCACCGACAAGCUGCUGCUCGCCGCUUGCCGAAUGCACCACGCAAUUACCUGCAUCGCGAGAGUUUGUUGACAGCAAACCAACGCGGCGUUGGUCAUUGUCGUGGAUAUAAAUAAUACAUUUUUUCUUCCCGUCAUCGAAAAAAAAGGGACAACAGUAGCUAACGCUGAAAAUUGCGUAUAAAAAUUGCAAAAUUCGAGCAUUGGCGGCGAUUUCCUCCUAGAAAAUUAUUUUACAGGGAUUCAACCAAAAACGCGUCUUAAGCGGGAAAGCGUAUUACGGGAUUGCGGGAUAGGGAAAUUUUGAAUUGAGGUACUAAAUGUACAAUAUUUAAGAAUUAUGUAUGUCAUAAAAAUGUAGUGUAUUAUUAUUACGUUAUUUAAAUUAAUUAUUUUAGUUUGACAAAAAGAUUUUAAGGCAUUAGCAAUUACAAGAUUGUCAACAUAAUUUAACUUUUGCAGUGCGUCUUCGAUUUUAUUCAAAGAAGUUAAAUAGCAUUUUAAAACAUUAACUGCUGAUAAUACCUGACCGUGUGACAAAAUCGGAGUUGACUCAUCUUCUUGAUCAUUGUCACUUAGGGCCUCUUCUUGUGUGUAAUUCACAUUCUCAUUGAAUUUUAUGCUGCCCCCAGAGGUAGUCGUAGCGUAGGUAAACUGAGCUUAUUUCUGGUUUAGUAAUAAGAGGAAUAGAUUGUAAGUACCAAAGUAUUUAUCUAGUAAUUGGACUUGGAGAUUUUGAAAUUUUGAACGUUAUCGUAGUUAGAUAACCUGAGUAACCCAAGCUGCCGUUUUAUAAUAAGAUAAUUUAAUCUCUAGUGCUUACACAAUUAAUGAAAUUUUAAAAAUUAAACUGUCACAUCAAUUAUUUAGUACAAAACUACGCAGAUGCAUAGUAAGUAAGUAGCUAUAGAAAAUAAUGAAUUGAAUUCUUUCAAUAAAUCCUUGUUAACUUAAUAGUAUUAUUAACACUGAAAAAAAUAAAAAGGAAAAUAAAAAUAAAUCUAAAUCCCGACUAAUUAAAAAUUACCUUAACCAAGAACUAAAAAAAAAUAUUUCCAGGAGUCAAAAAUUCUGGUAAGGAACAAAGCUACUUUAACAGAGAUAUACUAGAAUGUCGGCAAUAACCCCGUCUGUUGUUUUGGACACUGGUGGCAACUGCCUUACAUCGCUAAAUUAAAUAAUUAUGCAAUAACCAGAGCAAAGUUUUUGAUAUAUUUCAUUAACUGGGAACUUUACACAAUGGGCGCAGUGCGCAUUGCUGGGUAUUUUUUUUUAAUGGAAUAGGGAGAUUGCGCCAUGUUUCGGCCCGCGAGCCCUAAUGCGGCAAUCCGCCUUGGGCUCGCCCGUCGGUGGUAUAUAAAUGAUAAUAAGCAUAACUUAGUUCUAACCUAUGAUGUUUUAUAGAUACAUUAUACACUAAAAGUAAAAAGUAGCAUAGGUCUAUCAACUAUUCAUUAUAUUCAUGUAAGUCUUGCGGUUUUUAUGGCGCAGGCCAAAAUAGCUUGCAGAUGAGCGAUUUUACCGUCAUAAGGUGGCGGUUCGCGCCGCGACCACGACCGGAGACAGAGACGAGAGACCGAAGACAGCGAGACGGUCGCCGUCCCGGACCAGUAGUGUCUCGUGUCGCGCCCGAAAUGGACACUAAUAGCGAAAAUGAACCUUGUUGGCCUCUAGUUGAAUAUAAUUCGUUAAUACAUAAUCUGUUUUUUAGUUUUGUAGUAAUAAUAUAACAGCAAAUCAUCGUCUUCUUAUUCCUCCAAUCAUAACUCUAGGUGGCGUUCCAUAACAUUAUUUAAUGACACACUAAAACACAAUUCACUCCAUCAAGAGACUCUACGACACUGAGGUGGUUGCGGGCUCACGGUCUCGUCUGUAGUCUCGGUCUCGCCCCGCAGUACAUACAGAAGAGACCGAGACACUUGUCGUGAUCUCCUGUCUUGGUCUCUCAUCUCGGUCUCCUGUCGCGGUCGCGGCGCGAACCAUCGUCUUUACAUGACACUUUUGGCUAUAUUUUGGCCAAUUAACUCAAUAAAUACAAAAGAAAACAUAAAUAAUAAAUGAUCAAUAUUUAUAUAUUUAUAUUUAUUUAGUUGGCUAGAAGUUUGAAAUGCUGUUAUUAUGACUCUUAGCAUAAUGCUGACGUAACAAAGACUUGGAAGCAGGUUUCAUCAUUCCAGAGUCGAACAGCUUGGAAACAGAAUGACUUAGAUACAAAGUUGAAGCAGUGAUAAGGAAUUUCUAAAAGAACAUUUUGAGAUGAGCGUAGAGGAUGGAGUGGAACUUAAAAAAAGUAAAUUUGGAUUUGAGAUUUACACUUUCUUGCAUUCGAAUCAAGAAGAAGAGAGUAAAGAGUAGUGAGAAUUUUUUCAUAAUUUAUUGUAUCUAAUAAAUUGUAUGGGUAGCUACAUGAUUUAAUGUAAAUGUUGCUACUAUUGUUAAUGCUGAUAAGAUUCAUGCGCCCAUUAUUCUUAUCAGCUAAAAGAUGUCCUGAAAAAUAUUGGACGAUUCAAAAGAGUUUUCAAUGAGUCAAUUUGAAUAAAGUAUAUUUUCAUUUCAUAUCUAUGAGUUGGUGGGAACUCAUUGCUACCGAAGCGCACGACGGCUGUUACGACGAAUAAUUAAUUAUCACGGCACAGCGGCGCACGUCCAUUUCCUAACGCGCAUCGUGCUGCGCUGAAAAGAUAUAACCGUACGUUUUCGCACGGCCACCAAAAGCCGUGAAGAGUUCAAGAAACAAUUAGCAAAUAUCUACGUCACAGGAGGCGAUGAUUGUCCCGAAAUGGCCAUGACCGGAAUAGAACUAGCUCUGUCAUCCAGCAAGCCAGGCUCGCUUCUAUACGUGUUCACUGAUGCGUCCGCCAAGGAUUCACAUAAGCUAGACGUCGUACAGGCUAAAGCUAUCAAGGAUAACUCUCAGAUUGUAUUUCUUCUGACUGGAAAGUGUAGUUCAGAUGACAGUGACCCAAACUAUCAGGCGUACUACAAGUUGGCGGAGGCUACGUCAGGACAGGUGUUCCAUAUGGAUAAACAGGAUGUGAAGGAGAUCUUGAAAUACAUAGUGGAACAGAUAGAAAGCCCAAAAACAUUGGUUACAUCUAAAAAAUUCCCGCCCGGGACAAACCACAGUCUUACUUUUCCAGUUGACCCCGAUAUGCCGACUCUGAUCAUCUCUGAAUCGGGGAAGAGUCCCACUUUGGACGUUACUUCUCCCGACGGCAGUAAGGCCGAUACGAAAAAAAUUGUGGAUUUAUCAGAUGUUCUUACCGUACGUAUAGAUGAUACGGUGCCCGGUAACUACACCGCCGUGGUCGGUAGUAAAUCGGAGACUAGCGUUGUGGUGACCGCUACAACCAGUAUAAGGUUCAAGCAUGGCUUCUCCGGCGUGCCAGCUACCAACAUUGGGGAUACGGCCACCAGACCUGUAUCAGGAGAAAAAACUCGAUUGUCAAUUAAACUAAUUGCUCCUGAUGGCAAUAAGAUUCUCGGAUCGGUAGAAAUCUUGGAUAUGGAAGAAAAUGUACGCGAAGUAUUACAGCUGACGUUGGUCAAUGCAAAGGAUCAAUUCUAUACAACACAAGCCUUUCAACCGCCGGAGUACCUAUUUAAAAUUGCGGUAAAAGGUAGUGAUAAAACAACUAGUACAGCCUUCAAAAGGAUCGGUUCAACUCCAAUACAAGUUCAAAGCCCUGUGAUAGGCCUGAUUGAUCCAGUGGCGCCAGUUAUAAAGUUUAAUGAGGAAAUGGCGAUAAACGCUGAGUAUGAUGAACCAUUGAAAAUUGCUUGUAAAGUGAAAGCAUAUCCUAAGCCGGAUAUUAUUUGGGUUGAUGAAGCUGGAGUGUCUUUUUCGCCAACGGUGUCCGCUGUGGAACUACCAUACGAUUAUAUCAGCAUUCUGAAUAUUGACAAAGUUAUAAAGAAUGAGACGUAUACAUGCAAGGCUUCUAACACUCAUGGAGAAUAUUCAAAAAGUGUUGAUGUAGUAACAGAGCGAAAAGAUUAUUUUAAUGUCAUAGAAGUCCCUAAAGAUAUAACCAUUGAAUAUGGAAAUAAUGGGAGCGUCAUUUGUAAUAUAGACGCAAUGCCUCCCGUCAAAAUAUCGUGGUACAGCAACGAAACUGAAUUACACACUAAUGAACAUAUUGAAAUAUCUUCCAAUGGCUCCGUACUUACUGUCAAAGAUAUGCAACUUCUGCUAAAUAAAUCUUAUAGUUGCGUUGCUAAGAACGAUGUCAAUAUCGUAAAGUAUCCUUUCAAAAUAGUUAUUUCAGGAUUUGAGAAACCAGAAAUUGAGGAAACACCAUCUUUAAUGUAUGGUAAUAAAGGAAAUGAUACAGAAAUUAAUUGCAGAACUGUCAGAGGCUCUCCAAACCCUGUAUUCAGUUGGUUUUUCAAACAGGAGAGUUCCAGGAGAUAUGCUAAAUUGAACGUUACUCAAGAUGUCUUACGACUAAAAGGACUUGAUAUGUCGCACGAAGGGAUUUACGCAUGUCUUGCAUCCAAUGCUGCUGGAAUAGCCUUUAAGGAAACAACACUCACUGUUAGCUAUCCACCCACCAUUGACAACGAUGUGACACGUGUGAAGUCUCGUCACGGAGAGCCUACUACUCUCAAAUGCGUAGUCCACGGUGCUCCGAAACCAAAGGUGAAAUGGUUGCACGAUGGAAUCGGAGUCAUCAGCGAUAGCGAAUUUCACAUCUACAGGGACCACAGUUUGAGAUUCAAAGGAUCCAUUGCGAACAGCGGCAAAUUUGUGUGCAUUGCAACCAAUUUAGCUGGAACUGCGACGAGAACAGUACAAGUUGACUAUGUUGUUCCAGUGGCGAUAGAUCCUCCAAAAGUAAGCAAGUUAGAGAUGAACUUUGGGGAUCAUUUGUCACUACCUUGCCGAGCCGAUGGCUACCCUCGGCCCACCAUCAAGUGGAUAUUUUACAACGCCGCUAGGAAAAGACCGAUAACAAUAUGGCCUUCGGAUGAUUCUGGGUCGUUAAACCUGAACAACUUACAACCAAGACAAGAUGGCUACUACACCUGUGUCGCAAGAAACGUCGAUAGCUCUGCGAAUAUUACAUACCAAAUAACAGUUCUAGCAAAACCCAUCAUCAGCAAAAUAAACUCCAGACGAUCUUUUACGGUAGUGACACAUGAUCUCGUCCACGUGAUACCGUGCCGAGCCACCGGUAACCCCAAGCCAGAAAUCACGUGGACCAGAAACGGGCUGAACAUAGCUGCAGGAACUGAAUGGUAUGAUAUCAAAGAUGACGGCACUUUGGUUAUUAAGAAUAUCGAUGAAAUGUCUGGUGGUAUAUACGUUUGUAAAGCUACUAACAAAGUUGGCGAAGACAGUCAAGACUUCCAUCUUAUACCAAGACCAUAUCCUGAUUUUAUCGAACCUACAGAAACAGUGAAUUUACAGACAAACAGUAGUACAGACCUCAUAUGCAACGUACCGCAUACGAGACUUGACUACGUUCGCUGGUAUAAGGACAGGAAACUUAUAGCAGAAGGAGAGUUAACUUUGAGAAAUAUUAAAGUUUCUGAUGCAGGGAUCUAUACUUGCCGCGUUUGCACCUUCUCUCAAUCAACUUCAAGUGCAGUUAGGGUCAUAGUUGGGACUCCGCCGUCAUUUGUGGAUGAAGCUGAGUUAUCACUUAAUUUUGAAGCUAAUACUCCAACAUUCUUGGAUUGUCAGUCGUAUGGAGAGCCAGCACCAGAGGUCAUUUGGUUGCAUAACGGUAAGCGUAUUGGCUCUACAGAAAUGCUUUUAGAAUUCGAAAUGACUUCAGAUACAAGAGGACAAUAUGAAUGUAUAAUAAAAAAUAACUUUGGCAGUAUAAAUAGGAUCUUCGAAAUCGUUUCAAAAGAAUGCUUUUUGAACAUACAAGAAGAUUUUAUGUCAAAUCAACCUCUUAUGGUAGAACCACGCUUUUUAAGAUUACCUCAAUUUGAUGUCGAUAGCGGUUAUAUUCGGAUACCAGCAGAAGAAAGUUUAUUAUUACAUUGCCCAAGCGGAUUUGCUAAUAUUCCACAAUCUGAAGUCAUGGCAACUUGUGAGGGGGAUUCAAACUUUAACGUAGAAGGUAACACGUUUAGAUAUUCUGACCUUUAUUGUCAAGAAGAGCUGAUACCACAAAUCAGAAGAACUGGCAAACCAUGUAGUUCUGCAAACAAUGAAGUUGUCUUGAUUGGAUUCGAAGUGCGAGGGGUCUUUUUAGAUGUGUACGAGAUUUGUAUGGAUAAAGAAACUAACACACCGAUUUAUACGAAAACCAGAAUUAACAGAUCAUUAGCCAAUGCUUAUCCAAGGAAUGAUACUAAAUGGUUUGGUGAUGAAUUUGCGAAGUACAAUUUCAAAGAAAUGUACGACUGCGACAGGCAGAUAAAUGAUAUAUCAUCACGUCUGAGGAAAUGGUUCUAUUCUACAGAUAGAUGCUGUUUUGAUAGCAGGAAGUUGGUAAAUCCUCGAGAUCUAUCAGUAGGUGUAUCGCAGAAAACGGCAUUCACCCAGCUUAACGUUGUGCCUCAUUGGAGUACCUGUGGAGCUGAGAAUUGGGAUCGCUUAGAGAAGAUAAUCAGAGAGCUUGCCAAGUCCUCGUAUGAUGAUUUGGUGGUGUACACGGGUGCGUCUGGUCAACUAGCGCUUGACAAUGCUUUGUUAGCCAGUCCCGAGGACAUUGAGAUCAACGAUGCAUCCGGCAACCGGCAAGCAAUACCUCAAUACUUAUGGAAGGUAGUCCAAAACCCGGCCACUAGAUCUUCCCUUGCUAUAGUCCAACUAAACAUACCGGAUUUGGACAUUUCCGAGGCACUGAGCUACAUGGUAUGCCGGGACAUUUGCCGGGAUAUACCCUGGAUGGCGGAGGAGAUGACCUGGAGGGACCCAAGCUUGGGUUUUACAUUUUGCUGCAGUCUUCAAGAGUUCGAAGCAGCAUUCCACAUGAAGAACAGUUUUGGAAACAACAGGAGAAUUCUCCAAAUAGCUUCUUUACCUAAAAUAUACCUAAAUGUAUAG